AUGUCGGCUGCCACGACCGAGCUUUCGUACCUCAAGUCGCUCGUCCACGAGCUGAACGAAAAGAUUGCCGUGCUGGAAGGCAAGGCACCUGCUGCGCGCAACGACGGCGUGCGCAUGGUGCUCGUCGGCCCGCCCGGUGCCGGCAAGGGCACGCAGGCGCCCAAGAUCCUGGAGCGCUUCCAGAACAUGGUGUGCCACCUCGCCACGGGCGAUCUGCUGCGCCAGCAGGUGGCGCUCGGCACGGACCUCGGCAAGGAGGCGAAGAAGAUCAUGGACCAGGGCGGCCUUGUCAAGGACGAGAUCAUGAUCGGCAUGAUCAAGGACCAGCUUGAGACGAACCGCUCGUGCCAAAAGGGCUUCAUCCUCGAUGGCUUCCCGCGCACGACGCCGCAGGCCGAGAAGCUCGACCAGAUGCUCCGCGAGCGCCAGCAGAAGCUUGACCACGUCGUCGAGCUGCAGAUCCCCGACGAGCUCCUGAUCAGCCGCAUCACGGGCCGCCUCAUCCACCCUGCCAGUGGCCGCAGCUACCACAAGCUCUUCAACCCGCCGAAGAAGCCCAUGACGGACGACGUGACGGGCGAGCCGCUCGUGCAGCGCUCGGACGACAACGAGGAGGCGCUCCGCAAGCGUCUCGCGACGUACCACAAGCAGACGACGGCUGUGACGGACUACUACAAGAAGUUUGGUAUCUGGUCGCCCGUCGAUGCCACGCAGUCGCCCAGCGCCGUAUGGCACUCGAUCAGCGCGAUCUUCAACAAGGGCGCCUAA